AUGCAGCAGCCUGGCUACCGCAAUUUAGCCAUUAAUACGCUUAAAUGGCUGGUCUUUGCCGAAAGAGCACUGACAAUUGACGAACUGACACAUGCAAUCGCCAUCCAGGAUGCCUUUGCUGAAUUUCAACCUGGGGAUCAGCCCUUGCCCAAUGCCGAUUUCACUGUUGGCACUGAAACGGCUCUAACCUCAGCUUGUGCUGGUAUUGUUGUUAUUGACAACGGCAAAACGGUCCGCCUGGCGCACGAUACUGCAGAUGAGUUCCUUAGACAUAACAGCGCAGAGACUUUUCAGAACGCCCACUCGGAAAUCGCCGAGGCUUGUCUGCGUUGUCUCACCAAGAUACAACCUAGACAAUUCAGUGGAGCAAUCAAUUCACAGGAUGAGUUGGGCUACGAUUGCGAUGAGUAUCCGUUCUUCAAGUACGCGGCCGAGUACUGGGGCAUUCAUAUAUUGCAUGGAGUCAAGGGGAGCGUCCACAAGCUAGCCUGGGAAUUUCUCUCCGAUAAACAGAGAUUGAACAGGGUGCUGCGAGCUAUGGAGAAUUCUCCAUCUCAACAGGAGAGAAGCGCCUCAGGCUUGCAUAUCGCUGCCUAUUUCGGGUUGAUUGGUUCGGUUCAAAAAGCGAUGAAAAGGCACAAGAACAUUGAGAUCAACCCAAAGACUAAUCGCAAAGAAACACCUUUGCACUGGGCCGUAAUUCAUCGCCAGCGGGAUUUCUUCAAGUUCCUGAUUGAGCAGGGUGCGGAUUUGAACGCAGUGAAUGUUGACAAAAAAACGGCGUUACAUAUGGCAAUCAUGGGCAAAGACGGCGCGGACGAUGCUUUAGUCAAGACUUUACUAUUGGUAAGGUCAGUUAAUCUCAACCUCCAAGACUCUCAAGGAUGGACGCCCCUGAGGUGGGCAGCCGCGCAUGGUCAAUUGAAAAUAGUCGAGAUGCUGCUGCGUGCUGGGGCUGAAGUGGAUGCACGGGAUAAGGAUGGAUGGACAGCGUUACGCUGGGCAGCACACCAGGGUCACAAGAUAAUAGUCAAGCUAUUGAUCCGGCACGAGGCAUCGAUCGAGACCUCCAGCGGUGACCAGUGGACAUUGCUCAGGUGGGCGGCACAAGAGGGCCGGGAAGAUAUCAUUAAACUCCUAGUUGAGAUGCGAGUUGAUGUGAAUGCCACUGAUGCGGAUGGCUUGACGCCUCUACGAUUGGCAGUCAAGUAUGAUCGGACAAUGACCGCAUGGCUGUUGAUUCAGGCUCACGCAGACAUCAACAAGCCGGAUAGGGAGGGGGUGACCGCGCUUCACUCUGUAGCAGAAAGAUGUCGCAGCGGCAAUAUUUCCCUCCAGAUAUUAUGGCUUCUCUUGGAGAAUCGAGCGAAAGUCAACGCGGAGACAAAAUCAGGCCGGACGCCGCUACACUUUGCCGCAUUCAGUGGAAGCCACUCGGCUGUGUGGCUCUUGCUUGAGAAAGGGGCAAACAUCAACGCGCAGACAAAGCUAGGCCUGACGUCGCUGCACGUCGCUGCGUCUAGAGGAAGCGACUCGGUCGUGAGGCUGUUGCUUGAGAAAGGAGCAAAUCCGAGACAAGGGGAUGGAAACGGGCGUACAGCUCUGCAUUGGGCCGUCGAGGAAGAAGAAAUGAGAGUUGCAGAGUUGUUGAUCAGGAGGUCAACUGAUCUCGUCCACGCUACAGAUCAAGAGAAACGGACCGCACUGCACUGUGCAGCGUCCAUAGGAAACGCCCACAUUGUUGAGAUGCUUUUGGAUUGCGGUGCACAAAUCAACGUCCAGGAUCGUAACGGCCAGACGCCUCUACACCUGGGAGUUUCUCAACAACACGAGGAUGUUGUAACCCACUUGGUUUGGAGAGGCGCUGACUUGAAUGUCCUCAACAAGAAAAAGAGAACGGCUGUCCAUUUAGCGAUGGGCCUGGAAAAUGAAGCGAUCAUGGAUGCUAUUCGCUUAUCUCAACAGGCCACGAGUGUUAAUGGCGCCGACGACGGUGAGAAUACUUCGCAGACAGUAGCGGCAAAGGCGAAGAAUAGCAAUGCGAAGUUCUCAGCUCGAGUGGAGGACGAAUGA